CCAGUCACAAAAUGCCAUGUUUAAAGUACAUAAAGUUUUCAGUUAGCUGAAACUCACUCACAGAUCAGCUUUGUAUAAAAGAAUCAAAAUGAAUUUCUCAUCCUGUUAAAUCAAGAAUAGGCCCACAUAUGUAACAUGAUUACAUAUAACAUGAAUUACAUAGAUCUGUGUAGGCUUAAAAUUUAAAAGCAUCAAAUCCGGCUAUCAACUUUAAAAUGGAAUACUUUAUUUGAUUGGCCUUUCUGUAAAGAUGAACUCUAAUAAAUUUCAAAAUCAAUAAUUAAAUUAACUUGACAUUGAACAGUUGUGGAUAAAUGAGCAUUGAUGCAAGGGCAGGGUUUAGGUCGUCUACACCAUGAAGAAACUCUCGUCGACAUGGAAGCAACAGAAGCAAGUGAGAACUCGACAAGAAGCACAAAUAUCAAAAUCAGCCAUGCCAGCCAGCUCCAAGGCACUUCCGUCGUCAGGACUUCACGAAACGAAGACCAAGAGACUGGGCCAGCACGCUGUUCCCAUCAGUGCAUCCAGCUCACUGAUCAUUGGACAUUCCAAUAAGCAAUCGACCAAUCAGGAGGAGACCCAGCGGGGCAAGGCUAACGGUUGUUUUGAUGGGGAGACGCAGGCGACUUUUCGGAGAUCACCGAGGCUGAAAGAGCAGAAGAGAAAAGAGAUUUACGGCAGUGUGAAAUCAUCUGACUCCAACCAGCUACGUACAUGUACAAGCCGAGACGGGGAACAUCAGGAAGCUGGUUCCUUCAACUCAUUCUUCACUGGCGACCUGGAUGAUGAUGUGCUGCAAGCAAUGGAGGAGGCUGAGGCCAUCUACUGCCAUCAACACCAACAGGCGGGGACCAGUGUCAUCACUGGCACCCCGCACCGAGGCAGUACCAGGGCUCAGACUAACGGCACUAGAAAUGACCAAGUAGAAACCAGAGCAAAUGCUGGUACCCUGCUUGACGUUUUGCCGGAAACUGGUGCAGAAGUGUGUCAACUGAUUCCCAGCAAGCCAAGUGGAAUGGAAACCAACUCAGUCACUGGUGCCCUGAAUCCGGAGUUUCAAAAUUCUGAAGAUUUGUUUACUGAAAUAAAACCGUCUGAUAUUGGAGAAAGGUCGAGAUCAAGCUCAACAGGUGGGAAGGUCCCAUUGAAUGAAUUACAGCAAAAACAUGAACUGUUGACAAAUGUUCGAUUACAUAAUUCUUCAAUAAGUAAUAUCCCGACAGACGAGAAGAAACAAACAAAUGAAUUGAAAAUGAAUUUAAGGGGAAAACUCCCCUCGAAAUCAAAUGACAAAUGUGCAACUCCUAGUGCAAUAUUGAAUGAAUUGAAUACAAACUCCAACGUGGAUAACUUGGAGCAGGGUACUCCACUUUUGCCAAAAGGGCCGAGCAAAAAUGCUAUGAAUUAUUUUGUGAAUACAGAGAAGGAAAAUUCCCCUGCUGGCCAGGUUUACUGCUUUGAUUCUCAGUCGCAAUCCCAGUCACCAAAUAACAAUGAACAACAUGAGAAAUCUGUGGCUCGGAGUGGUAAAGGUGUAUCUGGAAAACAAAAUGGGACUUCAGAUGCCAAGGAACCGUCUCGAUGUCCGGAAAUCACUCUGAAUUCAGUUUCACGAGAAGUUAAAAGUUUAAAAUGUACUAAGUCAGCGGUAGUACAGGGGACGUCACAGCAGGAUGCCGAGUCCACUUGCAGUGGCCCUCCUUCCCCACCGUCAGGCAUGAACCCUCGAACUCAACCCCCAGCAGACCCCUUGCUUCUCUCCUCCUGGGGGUUGCCUGAUCAGGUCCUGGCCCAGUACCACCGCCGUCACAUCACCCAGAUGUUUCCCUGGCAAGCCCAGUGCCUGGCUCUCGGCAGCAUCUUGGACGGGGGGAACCUGGUCUACUCGGCCCCCACCAGCGCCGGCAAGACCCUGGUGGCUGAGCUGCUGAUCCUGAAGAGGGUGUUGGAGACCAAGAAGAAAGCAUUGCUGAUCCUACCGUUUGUCUCGGUGGCCAGGGAGAAGAUGUUCUACUUACAGGGCAUAUUUCAGGAUGCAGGGGUUUGUGUCGGCGGCUACAUGGGUAGCGAGUCGCCCACUGGAGGAUUCAAGGCAAUCGAUGUCGCUGUCUGCACCAUUGAGAAAGCGAACAGUCUGGUCAACAGACUUCUAGAAGAGAACAAAGUGGACCAAUUAGGCAUCAUUGUUGUUGAUGAGCUUCACAUGGUAGGAGACGCCCACCGAGGUUAUCUGCUGGAGUUGCUUCUCACCAAGGUCCGCUACAUCACCAGGAAGAUGCAAGAUGUGGCACACACUGUGCCGACAGGCAAGGAGAACAAUGUAACGACUCCCGCAGCCAACAACUCCAUCCAGAUUGUGGGCAUGAGCGCCACCCUCCCUAACCUUGACCACCUGGCCAAGUGGCUGGAUGCCGAGCUGUACCACACCGACUUCCGCCCUGUCCCACUAACCCAGACCGUCAAGGUGGGCAGGACCAUCUACGACGCCUCCCUGGCCAGGCUAAGGGAGGUAGACCCCCACCGUGCCUCCAUCCCCGGGGAUGAGGACCAGAUCCUGUCGCUGUGCCUGGAGACGUUGGCCAUGGGCUGCUCUGUUCUCAUCUUCUGCCCGACGAAGAAUUGGUGCGAGAAACUGGCCGAGAACAUGGCCCGGGAGAUUGCGAGACUGACUGGGAUGAUCCCUGGUCAUACCAGAGAUGAGGGUGUGUCUAUUAAUCUCAACAAGCAGUCCCUUCAAGAUGUCUUGGAGCAACUGAGGAGGAUCCCAGUCUGUCUGGACCCUGUCCUCAGGAGAACGGUGCCAUGCGGUGUAGCCUAUCAUCAUGCUGGUUUGAGUUUUGACGAACGGGACAUCGUCGAGGGGGCCUUCCGUCAGAGCAGCAUCAAGAUCCUGGUGGCCACUUCCACCCUGUCCUCGGGAGUGAACCUACCCGCCCGGAGGGUCAUCAUCCGCAGCCUCAUGUUCAACAGGAGGGUGCUGGACCCCCUGGUCUACAGGCAGAUGGCUGGCAGGGCUGGCCGGAAAGGGGUGGAUACUGAAGGUGAAAGUAUCUUGAUCUGUAAGCCCAGCGAACGAGACAAAGCCGCCAAGUUGCUGCAGGCUCCUCUGCCACCCGUCCAGAGCUGUCUCAAAAAGCAAGGGCAGGACUUGAGCAACUCUAUGAAACGGGCAAUCCUUGAGGUGAUUGCAAGUGGGGCUGCCUCCACCCCAGAUGAAGUGUCUUGCUAUGCUGGCUGUACUCUACUAGCAGUCGGCCUAACGCCGGGUUCAUCAGAUCAAGAGAGGGGUCCAGCUGAAGAUGGGGCAACCACAGCGGGGGCCAUCCACAGAUGUGUAAAGUUCCUGCAGGAUCAGGAAUUUGUGAUUCUCCAGAAGGUUCAGCGUGGAGAUGAGUCUGAGGAAGUGUUGCGACCCACCCAGCUAGGCAGUGCCACCCUAGCCUCUGCGUUAUCCCCAGACGAAGCCCUGGUGGUCUUCUCGGAGUUGCAGAGAGCUCGCAAGAACUUUGUCCUGGAGAACGACCUGCACCUCCUCUACCAGGUAACUCCAAUCUAUGACCAAGGCUUCCAGCCCGACUGGUACCAAUUCAUGUGCACCUGGGAGAACCUACCCUCAGACCAGCGUCGCGUGGCCGAGCUGGUGGGCGUAGAGGAACGCUUUCUGAUCCGCGCUGCUCAGGGCGCCCUCUCGACCCACAACGCCCGGCUGCAGCACGCGCUGGCCGUCCACAAGCGCUUCUACACCACGCUGAUUCUCAAUGACUUGGUCAAGGAGAUGCCAGUGGUCGCGGCAGCCAGGAAGUAUGGCUGUGCCAGGGGGCAGCUGCAGAGCCUACAGCAAUCUGCUGCCACGUUUGCAGGUAUGGUGACAGCCUUCUGCAGCAAGCUUGGCUGGACCAACAUGGAGCUUCUCCUGGCCCAGUACCAGAGCCGUCUGACCUUUGGUGUCCAGCGUGAACUCUGCGACCUCGUCCGGAUCUCUCUUCUCAACGCCUUCCGCGCCAGGCUGCUGUACAACAGCGGCUUUGCCUCUGUGGCGGCUGUGGCUGCGGCCAAGCCAGCAGAUGUGGAAAGUGUCUUACGCAGGGCUGUACCCUUCCAGAGUUCACGAAAAGCCAUUGAUGAACAACAAUAUGAAGUUGAAGAGAGAAAGCACUCACGCUGCAUCUGGGUCACAGGACGCAAGGGCCUGACAGAGCAGCAGGCUGCCCUGCUGAUAGUUCAGGAAGCCAAGGACCUCUUGAAGGCAGACUUGGGAGCUCUUGGAGUUGAGUGGAAGCCACAAGAAGAGCCUCCUCGUUCCUUGACAUCACACAAUGAUGCUGAUGAGAUUCAGAAUGAGAAGAAGGUAUCACCUUCAAGAAUUCAACCUCCAAGAAUCAACUGCGAUACAAAAGAACAAAGAUCAUCUGCUGUCCAGGAAAUAGCUCUUCAGGUAGAAUCAAAGCCACAAGGGGUGCCUCACAGUCCCCUAAUAAGAUCUGGUGAUGUAGCUGAUGAAAGUAGAGAUAAGGAGAGGACAAUGCUAUCGAGAAUUCAACUUCCAAGAAGUAACAGUGAUGUGAAAGACCAAUGCCCAUCUGCUGUUCAGCAAGCAGCUCCUCGGGUACAAUUGAAGCCACAAAAAGAGCCUCCUCAUCCUCUGAGAUCUGUCAAUAUUGUUGAUGAGAGUUGGAAUAAGGAGCGGACAAUGCCAUCAAGUAUUCAACCGUCAAGUACCAACCUCAGCACAACUGUACUUGAUUUAAAAUCCUUUCACUCAGUAAAAGUUGACACCAACAAAGAUCAAUCAAAUGAUGCAGCUGGAACUCUUGGAUUGGUGAGGAAUAUCCAACGUGAUGGGUGCCAACUUUCCCCAUCGAAGGUGGCUCAAAAGACUACAAAUGAUACGUCGAGUAAGACUAAACCACCAGUCAGUGCAUCCAUCUUUCCAGCAGAGGAACUAAGGCAUCAAAACAGUACAACACAAGUGAUUCCUGCAAAUGGUGUCUGCACAAGAACAAUGGGCCAAGGUAGAACUCUGACAAUCAAGGCUGAUGUUCACAUGGAUGCUUCACUGUCGGGAAGUACUUCUUUUCAAAACUUCAGCCCCGCUAAACACUGUGAAUCCAACCCACGAAUAAAAGAAAGUACCUCAAAAUCCAAGAGUAAAAUUAAACCAAUGUCUGAUUGCAAUUCUGUUAUCCAUAUCAGUCCCCAGUCGUCCAAUGAGAUGGUUGUGUCUGUACGGGAACGUUGUACCAACCAGAUUGCAGCCAAUCAAGGCACAGCUUCAACAUCAGACGCUGUCAUCAAGAAACAUGUGAAAGACCUCACCACCCCUAAAGCAGCUACACUCCAUAACCAACAAAUUGUGCAGGAAACAUCUCCAGAAUUGUUCUCCCUCCCAAACAGCCCUCCAGUCAUGCAAACAGAAACUCCCGUUCCCAACAAUGUGAUAAAUACACCUGCCAAAAACGAUAAACCCUCCCCAAAGAACUCUUUGCCAAUCUCUCCUUUCUUUUCUCCUCUUGAUUCCCAAAUGCUUAAGUUCCUUGAGCAACAAGAAAAUGCUCACUUACUAGAAACAUCAGCAAAUAUUAAUCAGAACCCCAUCCAAGUGGUUGAAGAAGCACCACCGACCAACGUCCAAAAUCCCAAGAACCCCUCAAUGUCUACAAAUGCCAAGUUUUCUUUGGUGCAGGAGUCACAGUCUUCUCUAGCCUUUUCACCUCUUGAUCCUGAAGUUCUGAGACUAAUGGAUUGCUACCAAGAGGAAGAGUCUAAGAAAGAUCUACAGGUGAAACGAGAUGGGGACAAAACUCCCAUCUCAUCAUCCAAAUCCUAUCAAUCAUCACCCUCCUACUCCCCUCUGGACUCCCAGGCUAUCCUGUUUAAUGACAGUACUACAAGCGAUCUGAGGCUUUCCCAAGACCAGAAGUCCGCCACACCAGCAGCAGCUGCAGACCUUCAGUUUACAUCUUUUCAAACCCUGGACUCCCAGGCCCUGAACCUCAUCGAUGGAUUCCACACCUCCAAGAAUGACCUAGCUGCAGAAUCGGCAUCCCCUGCCUUAAAGUCUCACAACAAAACAAAGAUGUCUGCGAAAUUCACCAGGAAAAAAAAUUCACUCAAGAGCAUUCAGAGAAAGAGCACUGUAAAGACAAGAUCAAGUUCACACAAGAAGCAAAAGCUUGUCUUGACUUUCUGCCAGACAGAAUCACCAUACUCAGAGUUCUUCCAAGAUGAGGAGAUGUCACUUGAUCUUGCAGAGACCUUGGAGUGCUCAUUUGUCAUCGAUCGAACUGAGCCUCUCAUGGAAGGUGUAAGCACUGCUCAGAGCACUUCUCUAAAACAUCCAAACAGGAGUUAUAGGCCAGGCAAGCCAAAUGCAAGCCAUCUUGCUCACGUGAACAGUAGAAGAAAAUCUUGCUCAGUCAGGGAUACACUAGAGGGCAUGGCCACAGGGAAUAUGGAGAAAGGAGAGCCUCCAGUCUACUCACAGCUAGAAGCAGACUUGGCUCUAGCAGCAGAGUGGAAUGACUCUUUCUCUUUUGAUGAAGGGGAGCGGGAGGCUAUUACGUCACUGCCCAAAUCGAAUCCUGUCCAGAACAAACAGGUUGGCAUAUCUGAUUCCGGUGGCAAAUGUGUCUCAGAGCUUCAACAGAAGGGAAAUGUCAUGUCUUCAAAUGGCCAGAAUGCAAACAAGAAUGGUAGAAUGAAUGGCGACAUUUGUAAUGUAAAAACACCUCCAAAGACUUUAUGUAGCACUGCAAAAGUUGGAAAGUCUUCCACAACAUUGAGGAAAAGGUGUACAAGUAGGGCAGCAAGAUUUGGAGAGACACCUUUAUUAGAUAGUAGUACUGAUAAGAAAUUUGAUGAGCAGUUGAGCCCAGGCACUAUAGAAAUGUUGGAUCUUUUUGCUGGAGAUUCAUUUUCUAAGACAUCUUGCCCUUCCUCUAAGUUGAAACCUAAGACUCCGAAAAGAAGCAAUGGACAGCAUGCAAGCAGCACUAACGAAUACAAGUCAAUGGGAAAGUCAACAAAAACAGUUGUCAUUAAUCCCACUUCUGCAACCGUUAGCGGAAAGUCUCCGUGUACAUAUCACCGCAAUACUAACCUGAGUAGUGAUCCCGGUCUUGUAUCUACAAACAAGGAGACUAAGUCCACCAGAGCUGAACGGCUCAAAAGAAGAAGCUCAGAAAGUGUCUCAAAACUUGUUGGAGAACCCAUACCAACUAAGAAACCUUUCCGGAAGGAGAGAAGUCCCUCAGUCAAUGAUGAACCAACUAGUGAGACACCAGACAACAGGAGAAAGAGUGAUGGUGAUCUCAUAUCUCCAACACCGCCGAAAGAAAAACCAAACACCCCAAAGCUUUUCAAAGGAACUCCCAAGCACAAAUCUUCAAGAGAUAUCUCUACAGAGGAAGAUACCCCUCGAUCGUUGCGUCUUAGAGAGCGAUUAUCAGCUGACCAUAAACAAGGUACAAAGUCUUCUAAGGUAGCCAGAAGCUUAGCGAAUCAACAAAAUAACCAAUCUCAGAAGAGAAGAAAGUCUCCAAGAUCAAAUCAGUCAGUUCAUCCAAAUCGUCUGGCUUCACCUCCCAACACACAACAACUUGGAUCACCACUGAAUUCUCACGAUGAUUUGAACGCUGCGAUUCUCCCUGAGCUCCAUCUUCACCUGGACAGCGAGAGUAGCUUUGAGGUUGAGCCUCCUACUCCACCAAAGGGCAGACCCUGCAGUUCUCAAAGAAGUGCAUCCUCCAGGGAGGCCCAGCAUCUUGCCUCAAUCCAGCACUCAUCUCCCAAGGUCUCCAACACGCAGGGUACCUUCACCAUCAUCGAUGUUUGCUCCAGUAAGGAGCUGUUCCACACAUUUCUGAAGGAGUGGAGUACCAAAUCCAGGUACUCCCUCUCUGUGGCCUGUGAGAGAUACCAUCCGCCAGUGGAAGGUAGAGGAAUUGGAGGGAACAUUAGACAAGCUGCCCCAAGACCCAAGAAGCCUGAUGCACUGGAUGGUUUCCAAGUAGGAGAUGAGAGCUUGAUUGUGAUUGGUCUAGCAAUCUGCUGGGAGGAGAAAGAUGCCUACUUCAUAUCCUUCCAGAGGGAACUUAGCAAUGUUGAUCCAGAUGACAGCUUAGCUCAGCCCCCUUUGGACCCAAGGCUACCAGUCGCUCAACGCCUGCAAGCAGUGAAGACCAACCUGGAAUUAGAGAAGUUAUCAGUGCGCAACAGAACCCAGGAAGUUGUCAAAAUGGCAUUUGACUGCAAAGAACAUUACAAAGUUUUGAGUCGUGGUUGUGGCAUCCGCCUCGGCGGUGGACUAGCAGACCCUAAGGUGGCUCACUGGCUGAUUGAUCCUGGAGCUAAGGAGAGAAAUCUGCAUGGACUGGUCACCCACUACGUACCCCAGGAUGGUCAAAUCCUAGAAGGUUUGAGUGGUGGCUUGGGCUUGGGUAGCCUGGGUCUGAUGUCCCAGGAGCCAGGGACAGGGCGUCUCAGGGCCGCGACAGAGUCUGUUCUGGUCCUGGCUCUCAUGGAUCAUCUGGAACCUACACUGAAGGAGGAGAGACUCUACAAAGCAUUCACCGAGGUUGAAAUGCCCUGCAUGCGAGUCUUGGCCCGCAUGGAGCUGACAGGUUUCGGCUUCAGCCAGGCAGAGUGUGAAUCCCAGAAGGCCGUCAUGCAAACCAAGCUGGCAGCGCUAGAGGAGCAGGCCUAUCAGAUGGCUGGACACGGGUUCUCUCUCACAUCCCCAGAAGAUAUUGCUCAGGUCCUCUAUGUUGAACUGAGACUGCCUCCCAAUGGUGACCCAAGCCUAACCACCACUGCUCCCCUGCGUAAGACUCUGGGUGGCCGGGGCGGCAGGGCCCGCCUGCCGAAACACUUCAGCACCUGCAAGAACUCCCUGGAGAAGCUUCGGCCUUUCCACCCUCUGCCCGGCGUAGUGCUGGAGUGGCGUCGGAUCACAGCAGCCGUGACCAAGGUGGUGUAUCCAUUGCUGAAGGAGAGACAGGCGGACUCUAAGCUGGGAGGGGAGAGGAUUUAUGCAUCCUGCCAGACCCACACUGCUACAGGUCGUGUCUGCCUAUCCGACCCCAACAUCCAGGCCAUCCCCCGCGACUUUGAGAUUGAGAUGCCGUCUGCCAUCGGUGAGAGCCCACCCCUAGCCCUGGGGGCCCCUGCUCAGUCAUACCCCACCAGGGCUAGGGUGAGACAGACCCAGGGGAGAGGUCAGCAGACUAGGGGUGCUAGCAUGAGCAAGGAAGGGGAUAAACCUGGUCCAUCAUGUGCUGUCAGUGUGCGGCAUGCAUUCUGCCCAUUUCAAGGAGGUGUUCUCCUAGCUGCUGACUAUUCUCAGCUGGAGCUGCGCAUCCUAGCCCAUCUGUCAGGAGACAGCAAGCUGGCCGGCAUCUUGAACGGUGGCGGAGACGUCUUCAAGUGCAUCGCCGCUCAGUGGAAGCAGACCACAGAGAGUCAGGUUACCCCCAAUCUACGCCAACAAGCCAAGCAGAUGUGCUAUGGGAUGGUGUACGGCAUCGGAGCUAAGGCGCUGGGUCAGCAGCUAGGAGAGUCCGAGGAAGAUGCAGCGGCAUUCAUGGACUCCUUCAAGAUGCAAUACAAAGGAAUGAAGAACUAUAUUCGGGACACUGUAGAGCGUUGCAGGACCACCGGCUUCGUGGAGACCAUCCUCCAUCGUAAGCGAUUCCUGCCAGCCAUCACCCACGCCAAUCCAGCCGCCCGCAGCCAGGCCGAGCGACAGGCGGUCAAUACCACCAUCCAGGGCUCGGCAGCUGACCUGGUCAAGCUUGCCAUGGUCAAGAUUGACCGCAGGCUGGCCGAGGAGUUCCCAAACACGAAGGUGACUCAUCGCCACAGGGUCGAGUUUGAAUCAGGUUUGACCCAACGCAAGAAGGGCCGUAAAGGUGUCGCCACUACUCCCUCUGGGGCAUUCCUGGUACUUCAGCUACACGAUGAGCUCAUCUAUGAGGUCCACAGGGAGGAUGUCAUCCAGGUGGCACAGCUGGUGAAGGCAGAGAUGGAAUCAGCACUGGUGCUGAGUGUCAGGCUACCAGUGAAGGUUAAAGUUGGUCCCACGUGGGGAAGUAUGGAAGAUUUGGAUCUUUGAUUGUCGGGGCACCAGUCAUGCUAAAGUUGAUCCCUCGUGAGAAAAUUGGCCAGAAUUUGCUCUCUGAAUGUCAAGUAGUCAGUCCCAGUCAAGUGGGAAGUGUGGAAGAUUUAGAUCUCUGAUAGGGCACCAGUGAAGGCUAAAGUGGGUCCCUCGCAAGAAAAUGAAAAAAAUCUUAACCCUGAAAGAGGUGCAAAUGUAAAGAAGAAUACAAAAUAGCUGUCUUUGUUCUGAACAUUUUAUGCCAACUGACUUAUUCAAAGGUUUAUCUGACAGUUUGAUAUUGGAAAACAAUUUUUGUAUGCCAAGAAUAGGGAACUUGACUGUGUCUUGGAACUCUGAAAUUCUUAAAAUGUUUGCAGUAAUUUUAUUGAGUUAUAUUCAGCCAACUUUGUUUUAUAUUAUUGGUCCCCUAAAGGCACAGUUACAUCUAGGGUUGUAACAAUAUGUAGUGAUGUCAGAUACCAUCUAAAACUUUGAUAUGCAUCAUGAUGCAUAGUCUAGUAUGAUUUGUAUCAUAUAGGGCUCGCUCAAUGACGGUCAUUUCUGUAAGAGAACUGCAACUGCGUAUUUUACGCAAUCAUGCACGCAUUACGCAGUAUUGAAAAUGUUAAAAAAACGCAUGCUUGUGUUCCAA